AUGGCAAAUCCAAAUCCAAAUCCAGUGAAAGUAGUUGAGGUUUGCAGAGUAGCUCCACAACCGGCCUCAGCCUCGAUGUCACUUCCUCUAACCUUCUUUGAUCUACUUUGGCUGAGGCAUCAUGAACAACUUGCAAUCUCCUCAUCUUUGUUAGCAGAUGACCUAAAACCGUGUUACACUGACAGAUUGUUCAUCGAGGACCCAUUGGGGCUCGAAGCAAUCUACUCUAAGCAAUGGCUCGACAUGGACGGGCCUAACAACCGAAGCUUAAAGUCAAGUUGUGAGAAAGUAUUUAUAUUCCUCAGCGCCGACUACAGGUCUCGCUUAGAUCCUCCUAUAUCUGCAAAUUACUUUGGAAAUUGCACCGGGGGCUGUGCAGCAGUCGCAGAAACAAAAGGGCUACUAGGAGAAGAUGGGUUCGUUGUGGCUUUAAAGGCAAUUAGUGAAGCUAUUAUGGGUUUGAAAAAUGAGGGGGUACUUCUCGAUGGGGCUGAGAGUUGGGUUUCAAAGUUGUGUACUGUGAGAGGUAGUGAUAGGAUUUUUUCGACUGCUGGCUCGCCUCAGUUUGGGAUUUAUGAGACUGAUUUUGGAUGGGGAAGACCAAAGAGGACUGAGGUGCUUACCAUAGAUAAGACAGGAGCCAUCUCUUUUUCAGAUAGCAAGAAUGGUGGUGGAGGCGUUGAGGUUGGGCUGGUUUUGGAAGAGCAUCUUAUGGGAGUUUUUGCUUCUCUAUUUGCCAAGGGUUUUCUUCAUACACCUCUGAUUAAUUAA